GCGCACUGUGCCGCUCUCUCCGCUCUCCUCACCACGCAGCGCUGCCGACUCUGCUCAAACUCCCGGUGUCCGGACCAAAAGUACUACGUACAUUCCAGAGGACCACUUUCCUGCACCUCCGCACGAGCUUUCCAUUCCUACAAACCUGAAGGCGCAUUUGGAGACCACCCGGGCGCGCGCUUCCUCGUCGUGUAACUUUUACUGCACUUGAACGACUCUUUUCCAUUCCGAAGACUUUGGCCCUGAACGACAUUUUCUCUCCUUUUUCCAGUCGCCAUUCUAAGUCAUUUUUUCUGAGUGAUACAUUCGUUUUUGACCAAAAUCCGUAAAGCGGCCGCAUUUUACGCGUCUUUUUUUUUAUUUUUAUUCUUUUGCACAACCCAGAAGCAGUCCUAACUGUGAGUUUUAGGGAUUUUUUUUAACGUCUAGUCUUAACUUAAGCGAGAAAACUAGUAAACCAUGGCAAGCACUAACUCCCUGGAUGCGGUGAAGAGGAAGAUCCAGUGUUUGCAGCAGCAGGCCGACGACGCGGAGGACCGAGCUCAGGUCCUGCAGAGAGAGCUGGACUGUGAACGGGAGCUCCGAGAGAAAGCAGAGGGUGAUGUAGCAGCUCUGAACCGUAGGAUCCAGCUGGUGGAAGAGGAACUGGACCGAGCCCAGGAGAGACUCGCCUCUGCACUGCAGAAACUGGAAGAAGCAGAGAAAGCUGCAGAUGAGAGUGAGAGAGGCAUGAAGGUGAUUGAGAACCGAGCAAUGAAGGAUGAGGAGAAGAUGGAGAUUCAGGAGAUGCAGCUGAAGGAGGCCAAACACAUUGCAGAGGAGGCUGACCGCAAAUACGAGGAGGUGGCUCGUAAGCUGGUGAUCCUAGAAGGGGACCUGGAGAGAGCUGAAGAGAGGGCCGAGGUUUCAGAAUGUAAAGCCAGUGACCUGGAAGAGGAGCUGAAGAAUGUGACCAACAACCUGAAGUCCUUAGAAGCUCAGUCUGAGAAGUACUCAGAAAAAGAAGACAAGUUUGAAGAGGAGAUCAAAAUUCUGACUGACAAACUGAAGGAGGCUGAAACCCGUGCAGAGUUUGCUGAGAGAACAGUGGCCAAACUGGAAAAGUCCAUUGAUGACCUGGAAGAGAAACUAUCAAGUGCCAAAGAGGAGAAUCUGGGCAUGCACCAAGUCCUCGACCAGACCCUCCAGGAGCUCAACAGCUUAUAAACACACACACACACACACACACACACACACACACACACACACACAGAGGAAACUGGAGAGGAUGAGAUCGUCAUUAACAUUCCAUUAAACGUUCGACUCCAUUCCACACUUUGAGCUGUAAAAUCUUUAUUCCCCAUGUAAAACGGGGGAUUAACUUAAUGCUUUUCCCUUGAUGUUUUUUUUUCUCCAGCUGUGUUUUUAAAAAUUUCUCAAACUAUUUUUGACUCAUUGAAAAAACUGGCAAAGAAUAUGAAAAGGAACCUCACCCAACCACUGAAACUGGCUGAAACUGGCUCAGUUUUUUGCACACAUAUAUUGUGCAUUUGAUUAUUUUUGUAAUACAUAGGCUACAGAUGACAAUGGGUUUUGCUCAGUCUGGAUUUCUUUGGCUCUUAGGUGCCACCCAGUGGUCAUAUAAAGUUAUAUCAAGAGUUAUGUUAUGUGUUAUGUGUUUUCCCAUCUUAAAGUAGGCAAUAAAUAAGCAGACACUUCAUUAAUCUGUACACAUCUCAGUAGUAUAGUUCCACCUGUGCCUAUUUAAACUGCACAAAUAUUAAUUGGGACAGAGAACUGAUGGAAAGGUCACGGUCCUAAAUCAUGGCACUUGCUGCUCAGAGACUUUUUUUUAGGUAAUCUGCAUUUAUAUAGAAAAUAAAGCUUCUUUUGUCAAUCUCUGAUUAUCAUGAGGUUGUCAUUUUGGAUAUUUUUAGUGCAUUUGGUCUUUUCUACUUACUGAUAUGGAAAACUACAAACCAUGAGAGAUGUGCAUGUGGACGUUUUUUACUCUUUCCCUGAUCACUGACACAUCCUGCAUUGUUGCCAACAUUUUGCAAUUAUGUAGCCAGCAUUUACUAGAAUUACAAUAUAUUGUAUUACAUGAGGGCGCUAAACCCCAAACCACUGGAAGCUCAAUUCAAGUUUUACCAACCUUAAAUACUUAUUGUAUAUAGUAGAAUAAUGUUAGGUAUGUGAAAAGUUUUAUUACUUUUUUCCAUUCACACCACUUUUUGCCAGAAGAACUCUCAAGACCAAAGAACACACAUAACACAGACAAUUAAUCCUUUAAAUGUUUUAUUUUUUUCUUUGUGAUGGUCAAUGUGGUGUCAUCUCAUGCCAAGAGCCACAGAAAGCGCCUCACAUUUGAUGAAGACCUUU